GGGUCUGUGUUCAGUGCGAUGGCGCGACCAGGGUGUCGUGGCGUGGGGUCACGGGGGUGGUGGGAGGGGGUGUGGCGGUGGUGGUGGUGACGUUCUCCGCUUUCGUAGACCGGCUUCGUUCGGAGCCAGUCGGAUGCUAGUCGCGGCGGGAGUCGGUUCGUGGUUUUCGGUUAGUCUUGGCCGUGAUCGGCUUUCGUCGGCUGCUCCUGGCUUUUAUACUACACAAUCGCGCUGCAUACCGCCGAUCGGUGCUCGGUGCACACGCGUUUCCGUUCGGCGAAGACUUUCACGUAAUUCAACGACGAAUCUGUUGGAUAACUGAACACCAGACGGACGCGCAACAAGAAACGGCGGCGCGGAAAAGAAAAAGAUCGAGCGACAGGUCGUUGCACUUGCUGCGUUGAUCGAGUGUCGCCUGGUUAAAUUUCUGUGGGUGAUUUGUAUUAACCGACCGCGCCUCGAUACCGUUACUCGUGACAGUAGUGCAGACGCUGCAUCGAAUCUCGUGAUAUCUCUCUCUCCCUCUCCCCCCCCCCUCUCUCUCUCUCUCUCACUCUCUCGCGUUUGAUCUCAGUAAUCGAUCAUUCCACCUGCCGAGCCCUUUCGUCAUCGAGUGCUGUGAUCUUUUUUUUAUGAAUCUCUGAACGUCUAUCGCGGACGGUUCGUUGGUUUAAAGUGCGAGAAAGUGACUGUGAUACAGCGUCUACGAACCGGGGCAAGUGGAUCGUGCUCUGGUGGAGACAGCCCGUGCACGUAGAACGACCUGUUGUGUUCGGAGAGCGGUUCGUCCGGAAAACACUUCCAAGUUUGUGUCUGUGGGACCGCUUCAGCUAUACGUACGUCGAGACAAGGACAAAGAAUCCGAUUCGAUCAAAUUCGAGCGAUCGUUGAACGAUCUAAGUUCAAGCUAACGCAGCGUUCUCGACUCAUCUCGUACUCGUCUGUGACUUGAGCGUUGCAUCGCGCGAGCUGACAGUCGCAGCUCGAACACGAGGAGCAAUUCCCACGAAAAUUCCAGCGAUAAUGCUCACCAGCGAAGCAAUGAAGCAUCGCGCGAUCAGCUGACUAGCCGAACUGUUCGGCGGCCGUGGCUACUCGGCCGGUAACAACAAGCGGUACAGGACCGGCAAGAAGUCUCAUCCACGACAGGAACGAUUGUCCACCUGUUCGGUUAUGACGUUUGGUACACCAUUUCACACCGAGAAGUCGCAGUUUUCCAGCGAUAACUGUACUCGGUUUGAGUUGCAGAUGUCGCACCUGCUAAGAGGGCCGAUAUUCAACAUAUACGAGCCCAACAACACCAUGGCGGCUGAAGAGGGUAGCACGUUGAGUGGCGGACUCGGUGCGAAAUUAAAAUGUCCGACCCCUAUAUCGCGCUUGAGGGUAGAGAAAAUCGAGGGUGGAUUGAUGGUAGCGGGGGUUGUAAUAGCUGCGAACUGCCAGAUUGCUCUUCCGGCAUUUGGAUUCCUCUUUAUGCUCGUCGGCGCUGUGCUCACUGCUGCCUCCUAUCGUGGACCUGGCGAAGACGAAGACAAGGAUUCGUACGCAGCCAGGAUUGCGUUCACGGGGAACUCGCGUAUCCUCGGGCCGAUAUGCAUCGUGGUGGGUGCUCUUAUGCUCGCCCUCGGCGUAUUAUUGUGUAUGCUGACCAGAAGGGCGAGAAGAAGAGAGCGCAGGGUCGGUUUCCAUUGCCCUCUUCAUGGGGAUUUUUAUCCCUUGAGUCCUGUCCAGGGUGUCAAGAUGCUCGGGAUGUCAGGCAAGGAUGUUAGCGGAUGGUCGAAAAUCCCUUGUCUGAAAGGUCGUUCCUCGAGUAAAGGUGGAAACAUAUCUGGCGGUACGCAUACCGGUCCACCGCAAUGUCCACACUCUGUGCUAAGCAGCACUCGCAGUUCUGUGAGCAGCUCGCCUCUGAGUCCAUGCCCAACACCGAUGCCAUUCUUGGUUACCUCGGGUUCGGUCAGUAGCGGGAUGGUGCAGAGUGUUGGUGCUAAUUUAUCGCCGGACCAAACAUUCGGAUCGAUUCGUUCGCUGUCGGUAACGAGAGAAGUUGCCAGUUUCCCUCUAUCAAGAACGCCUACGCCACCCCCGCAACACACAAUAUCGGCUCUGGCGAAUGCGGAGGACCUGGUGAACGUAGGUAGCCCUCUCAGGGAGGCGUCUCCGAGACCGGAAGUUCGGGUGGUCGCGCCCUUGCAUCGACCACCGUCCGCCCUUGCAGCUAACGCCAACAACGUCGCGAACGGUUCGGCGAAUCGCAAAUCGGUCAGCAUACUGCUUCCCGAGCACACGAGUGGAUGACCCCAACAGCAACACGGCUUUGUGCAUCGCUGCGACAAGGAACCACCAUCUAUUUAGGAACCCGCGAGAAACGAGACGACGAAGGAGAAAGCGAAAGGAUGGGCAAAGAUCGAUUGCACGACGAAAAUAGCGUCGGGUCCGCGAAACCCGGAUGAAACCCUCGUCGGGCAAUCGCUCCUCGAGUUUCAACGCGACAACUCGGUUCACGGCAUCGCGACAUUUCUAGCGAACGGUAGCGCACGAGAUAAUCGCGCGAUUACAAUUGCUACUCGUUCUUGAAGUCAACUCUUCGUCGCCGAAACCCAUGGAAUUUCCUGAAAACCCAGACAGCUCUCCGAGUCGAUUCACGCUAUGGGGAAACGUUCGAUCAUCGAUUUUGCUUCGCCGACUCUAUGGAGAGUAGAGACGAGAAGGGCAAACUCAGCUUAAGGAGUAUUUUAAUCUAGAGCGUCAAUUUUUAGUUCUUUUUGAGGGUUUUUCUUUUAAUCUAUAAGGAAUUUUUAUAAAGGGUUUUGCCCACAUACAGUGGGUGUAGAAAGUAUUCGUACACCGAUCAAUUUCCAAAAAGACUGUGUAAAAUUGUAAUUUAUUAACUUAGUUUUUUUAUAAACAAUGACAUUCUACAUAUUCUCGGAAAACUCUAGAAUAGAUAGAUUACAUAAAAAAAAUAGCUAUUUAUGUAAGUUGCGAAAUUAACAAGAAAAAAACAAUUAAUCGAUAGAAAUGUUGAAGUAAUCAGUAUUCGCACAACCGUUUAAAAGUACCUUACUAGAAAUUUGAUGUUUUCUAAUUCGUACGGAGCAGUAAACUAAUGUGUUUACGUUACAAACUCUACUGUGAAUGGUUCGUCAUAAGAAUCCUACAAAUACUUAUUGCUUCUAUACUUUUACCCACUUUUCGCAUUUUUUUGUUAAUUUCAUAAAUUGUAUUAACUAGUAAAUGUUGUUUGGACUAUAUCUAUCUUAGAGACUUCCGAGAAUAUGUAAAAUAUCAUUGAUUAGAAAAAAAGAAGUUAAGAAACUACAAUUUCACACAAAAGUUUUUUAGGAAAUUGAUCAGUGUACGAAUACAUUCUACACCCACUGUAUUUAUUCACAUUUUAAGAACAUACACAUUUUUUUUAGGUAAAAAUAAUCGAAAUUAAACGUAGUACAAGUGAUCUUGUAUUUAUGUCUCCUGAAAAAAGCGUGUUAAUGGUUGCCACGAUUCCGGUUGUUCUGCUUAUCUGAAAUGAAAAAAAUCAAGGAACAUCUUCGUUAAUAUUGGCGUCGCUAUGGCCAGAACCAGAAUUAUUACGAAAUAUUUUAGAUUCGAAAAAUGGCAGCACUUUAAAGUUUGAAUAUCGAUUUUUUAUAUUUCUUUUGUCCUUAGUAUAUUAAAAAGAAAUUUUUAAUGAUCAAAUUUUGAAAACCGUGGUUCAGGCGAUAAAGGUGCACGUGUUGAAAGUUCGCUCCAAAGAAGUCAGUCUGUCAACUAGAACUCGAGAUAUCAUGGCAACCAUUUCAAAUAAUAUGGUUGUGAGGAAAUUGCAUUUAACCUCUUCACACCCUUGGCUACAUACGUGGACGUUUAGUUUUUUAUAAUUAUAAUUACUGUCAAUAAUAAAAAGAACAACAAUUUGAUAAUUACAAACAAAAUCGUCUCUGAAGAGGUUAAAGUUUUUCAUACUAAAUACCUAUACUUACGAUUGCGAUUACUAGCUUGUUGAAAACGAACGUUUUGCACAUUUUACACAUUACCAACGAAGAAAUUAUAAUUAAAAUUGCAAGCAAAUUUAAAAUUAAGUUAAAUGAACUGGAGAUGAUAACGUUGUUGCGGACACUGUUCUCUUUAGACGUCCCUAACUUCGUUACUUUUCCGAAUUCUACAAAAUCCUUUGGCAGAUCUAUUUUUAAAGGUCUACACUUUGAUAAAACGCAAACAAAAUCGAUAUUUUGAAUGUUUUAGACUAGAAUACCGCCUUAAAACUGAAAAGUGUCCGCGUGUGAACAUACAAUAUCGCUUUACGAAAUGGCCAGGUGCUGUUUUCGCUCCAUGUUCAGAAUUAGCCGAAUUAGAUAAUCUGAAAUAUCCCGAAUGAAAUACUAUAGAGACCCUCUAAUCAGAGUUACAAAAUAACGUUGCUUGAUUCUAAUAGAUCGCAGCCAUUUUUCAGCUAACUAUAAUAAAUUCAAUCACACUUUGGUCACACUUCACAAGUGUUUACAGUACAAAUGUAACCCGUAUAUUUGACGUUAUAUAUUGAUAAAUAGUUGUAAAAUGUUGCACCGUGCCUGAACGCGUUACAAAAUAAUGUCUCAGAGCAGAUUCUUAUAUCGUAUUACACUUCUUAACCAUUCUUUUUAAAUCAUUUUUAUCAAGAAUGGUUUUUACGAAUUAUCUCUUUUUCACAACUUUUAUCGAAAAAUUGCUUGGAAUAACAAUAACUGCAAAAUGCAGAUGGAUGUGGAACAAAUAUUUAGGAAGUGAAAGUAAAGAAUAUUUAUUCGCCGAAAAAAUUACCCGAACUUCAGCAUACAAACAUUGCAACGCUAUUCUUUUCAAAUUGAAUUCCGCGGAAUUAGCUGGAAAAUUGCGGAAACAGACCUAACCUUGACGUUGUUUUGUGGCUCUGAUUAAAGGAUCUCUAGAAUACUAUGUCUCUCUAAGUACUAUUGUCCUUCUUAUUCUCUACUCUCCGUAACCAACUCACGAUAUUUCACGCGCGGAGCGGCGAAGCUGCAGCUGAGACAGGAACAAUUCGUCGACCUGUAGUUGUGUUAGAACCUCGCUCGAUCGCCCCGUUUCAUCUCGCGGAACACUUUUAUUCUGUCAUUGCGUGCACGCCGCGGAUCAAGAACAAACCAAAAGUACCUUACGCGCUGCGGACACGCGAGUCUCUUGUUGGAAAUCUUGCCCGAAACGCCCGCGCAACGGCCAACGAAAUCUUUUCCAAUCAGUUAGUGUACUUUAACGACCUCGAUAGAUGAGGCUAGUAUAAAGGGAUAGUACCACGAGUGAGAGAAGCCUCAAUACAAUGAUUCCCUUACAGUGCCGAUCCCUAAGCUAAAACGAAAUCCCGAACGAACUUGAAAGCGAUGCCGCGCGUAUGUUGGCGUGACUACUGCUAAUGCAAUCUGAAAACUUUUAUAUUUCGUGGGUGGAUUAACGAGGUUUUGCGAAUGAAAAUUAUACCAAACGCGAUUCGGUCUCUCGUUUGGGAAGAACCUCGCGCAUCCGGUCAAGGAAAUCUUGUAUUAUUAUUAUAGUAUAUUCCCUCUUCAAGGCUUGAAAUUCAAGCAUGUUGAACGGCUAAAGUUGGAAAAUACAUUUUUAUACUUCUAUUUAUUUACAUCAGAAUCGUUAUAGAAUUUCUUUAUAGACGACAUUCUUUGUAAAAAUUGUAUCGUCUUUUAAACAUUUUCGUUGCUUUCUCCCCUUAGGAUAAGACCUUAACGUGUGGACCGCUAUGAAAAUUCGCAAAUUGGACGAGAAAACAAACAUAAGUACUAAAACAAAUAUUAGAUUAUGUAGUUUCUAAUUGUCUCGAACCAUUACUUUAGCCUCGUAGAAAUUUUCAUGGGUCUGACAGUCAUCGUAAAAGAGCCCCCGCAGGCUGCAGACUUUCUAUCGGCCGAUAGUUUGAUCAGGUUCUGAACUCUUUGGCCUACAACCACGAGUGGGACUCGUGUUAUGGAAUUUGGUUCAUAAACGAUAAGCACGUGUCCGACUCGUGGUACUUCGUUCGGACUUCCUACCUUUCUGUUUAGUAUGGCCCGAGGAAUCGGGAAAUUGUAGGUCAAGGAGUUAAUCAACAUGAAGAUGUAUGCAAGUGCGCAUACUACAACGAUUCGGUAUCAGCCGAUAAAUAAGUUUGAUGGGCUACACGGUUGCAUUAAAACUAAACUAUCGGCGAAUUAUCGGCCAAUUGUUAAUCAUUAUGGCGCCUUGUAGCCGCGCGCACACAUGCCGAUUGUUUUCUUGCCAACUCUCAUUAUGCGACCGCUCUUUUCAAGAGCCACCAACUAAAAAAUUGUUUGAGAACAAUCGGCCGACUGUAGACCACCUACGCACUCACCACCAACUCGACUAUUUAGUUGGUCCAGUGUGCGCGCUAACAGGCCAACCCGACCAAACUAUCGGCCGACAGAAAGUCUGCAGUCUGCGGGGCCUCUUAACGUUUAAUAAUAAGUAUGGCUAAUACUUCUGCAAAUUAACAGCCUAUAUUUGCCGUCGAAACAUAAAAAGCAACUAACAAAAAUUGUAUUCAAAUCAGAAAAAAACUGCUAAACGUUUUAACGCAGUGAUAACUUUACAACAAUACGAAGGAUAAAAUUUGAUGCAACUCGAAGGACAUUGUACCGCCGCGGGCCAUUUCGAUUACGACGGUCGAAGAACUGUUCCAGACUACACGGGAAACUCGCGUUAGUCGUAGCGCCGGUCGGUUACUUUAGAUUUAUUUGUAUGAAAUAUUAUUAUCGCGCUGAAUUUUUCCAUAUACCUUUAUUUAGUCGUUACGCGUAAACGUAAUGUAAUCGAGCAAGUAUGGCACACUUUUGUAGAAAAUUUCCUUAUCUUUAUUGUUGGUGAUAAGUAUCUCCGAUAAAUUUACGAAAAAUUGAUUUUUUACACUCGUCGAGGGGCUGUGAUAUAAAAGUAUACACAAAACGUCAGCUUAAUAACAAAUAUUUUCACAGCGUCCUGUGAAUUUCAAUCUAAAGUGACCGGUCUGUGAGAAUAGUUAGUGAAAACUCGCGCGAUUGAAUUCCGUGUAAACUAAGAAAUAGGAUCCUGCCAUGCGAGAGAGCGAACUAAACAGCUCGUGGCCUCUUGGUUUCUUGCAAACGUGCGCUGAUAAAAGAUACAUUUCUUUGCGAGUCGCGUCACCGUCGACUUCGUAGCUGUCGCCACAGGGAUCCGAACCGAUCGAUCCAAGUUAAACGAACAGGCUAUGAAUUCGUAUUGGUUUGACGCAUUGUGUCAUUGGCAGAGCGCGUAGAGUCUAGGGCUAUGCGGACGUGUAAUUUAUAAUACGCAAAGGCUCGCGAAUCGACCUGAUACGAACGUAGGUAUUCGUUUUGUUCGACUUCGAUGUUAAUUAAUGCUCGAAACCAUUGCGCGAUGGUUGACACUAACCGAGGCUCUCGGAUGUAAGUCGAGUCUUUUAGAUAAGACAGUUUCAUCGGAAGUGCAACUCACUUCUUCAGGGACAUGUCGAUAUAGAUGCACUGACUUGUCAUUUCUGGCAACUAUGUGUCAUUUGAUCCCUGAAUCUAUCCACGAUCUUAUCCAAAGGUCUCCGUUAGUAUCAACCAUGAAGAUACAGAGCUCUGAAAUCCUUGAAUAUCUUAUUCGCUAUGUGAUGUUUUGCAACGAAUGCUUCGAAUAUCUUUCGCUUUCCUUAUCCGUGGCGGUAAUUCUAAUCGAGCAAGAGGAAAAUGUUUUCUCGACGACCGUCGCGCGCGUACCACUUUCUUUAAACGGAAACGACUGUGAAUAAGAAGCGUCAAUUUACCAUCGUACAUUCGGGAAACAGUACUAUUUGGCGUACAGUGGUCAUCGUUGGUAAACCUUUACCAUCUCGCGAGAAUCGAUACGAUUCGAAUCAAUGUACGGUACAUUCGCUGACAAUCCAUCUACCAGACAAGCAUUGAAACAAAUUCAUUUAUCGUAUAUUCGUCGAGCUUUUGGCAGACAUUCGAACAGAUUUCUCCUCCGUGUCGGUCCGAGGGAUUUCGAAAAAGACCACCGCCGAAUUAUCGCAUCGCGAGGCGACGGAUAACACACUCCUGAAUGCAUACAACAUUCCAUAACAGAAUCUUAGAUACGACAAUCAAUGUACUCCGAGGAAUCGUUCGAACGAGUCGUUGCGUUAUUCGUCGCGAACAGAACGUUGGCCCCGAAACGGUAGCGCGUUACGUACAUUCUCUCCAACUGUAAACAGAUGCGCGGAAACUUUGAGAAAUGAGAAAAUCCGAAAAUGAGAAAAAAAAAAGAGAAAAAAAACAGAACCACGGAAACAUCGACCGAAUUUGAUUACCGCAUACAUUUAUAAAUCUCAUUCCAUUGUUACUACUUUAAAUUAUCGAUGCGUAAGAUCGAACUUUACAAGGGCGCAUCCGUAAUUUUCGUAGAGUAGCCUAAUCGUGCGACGACGAAAGAUGAAUUUCGUACGUGGAAAUCGGUACAAUAAUAUUCUAACCUGUAAGAAUAGAUCAAUUACGCGAACACGAUUACGGAGAUUCGUACGAAACUCAUUCUUAGGAAAUAAAGUGGGUCGAAAGAGUAUCUGCACGCUUAGUUUUUUUGAAGGUAACUGUAAAGUGACGCGUUAAUAUGACGAACAUCUUUCACUACUUCUUGCUACGCAGAAAUAAUAUGCCAACUAAAAAACGUUAGGAGUUUACCGUUCAAAGAAGAGAAAACAAAAAUUUUGUAGUCAAGACAGGUACUUGGUUUGUACUUGCACGGUUACGGUAGACGUGAUAAAUUUAUAUUUCUUCACGGUACUGAUUGCAAAAUAUAUUUUCAAUAUUCUGUAUGCAUUUCUUUAGCCUCGAGAAUCGUUCCUAUAGGUUCAAAUGGUUCACACAGUACUAUAUAUAUCUGUAGGGCUAUAUUUUGUGUAUAAUUGCAAUCGUGUAUGUGCAUUCGAUAGUUGCGUUAUUUUUUUAUAAUGGAAAUGCAUAUUUUUGUCCAUAGAUCGAAUCCUUUCAGCAUUCUACGUAAAAAAGGUUUUAAGGCAAAGUGGUAAAAGAAUGAUUAGUUCGCGAGGUAUUUUAAAAAAUAGUCUGUAAUGAAAAAGAUGCUCAGAGGAUAUAAUCAAUUUUUGUUUCGUAUCUUCAAGCAUGUAUCUUUUUACUGCAGAAAAAAAUUCGUAAACAAGUGCCUUUUUCAACGUUUCAACUACCCCUCAUACCUUAAGAUAAAAUGAAAUGAAUUUAAUUCACAAAAUGUAUACAAUUUGUUUAUAGAUAACUUUACAUAUAGAACACAAAGUAAAUAAGAAACAAUAUUGUUCGAUCCAUCAACUUUUUAACAAAAAAUUAACGAAAUGCUAAAAGCUUCAUUUCUACGUUUCUAAAUCUUUUCGACUCGUUCAAACAUCUACUGUUUGCAUUUGCUCUAUAUAAUUUCUAGUAGCGCAUUUCUGUUUUUUUUUUCUUUUCUAUAUUGAAAAUGAUAGAUUUUGCAGCACUAUAUUUGUGUGUUAAAGUUUUGGAUAUUUCCCGUGUUAAGGUUUCUUAAUUAUAUCACAUUUUUCUCUAAUCAUUCUUAAUUCCUUUUAGAAAUUACAUUUUGUUUAAUCUGUGAUAUCUAAACAAAACACAUUUAAUGAAGGACCCAGUGCACUAUUCGACAGUAUAUUUUCCAAAAUUCUGUCGACUUUGGUAAAUAUACUUUAACAUAACCCAACCGUUUGUGUUUAUUCUUAGUAUUAACGAAUGCUUCCGGCGAGCCGUUCUAACGUACCAAUGUGCUACACCUUUUACAGACAGUUAUCUCGUAAGAACUGGGCGUGCAGUUUUGACCGACGUUUGGAAAAAAAAAAGGAAAAUGGCGAACAGCGAAAAAACAUGCUCAGAAACUCUAUGCAAGGGUUGCUCCGAUAGCAAAUAUCACGACGGAUACAGACUUAUUGUUAGAAUCGAAAGAAGGUAUUUGACGAAGGAAAACAAAACGAUUUUGUUCCUUUCCGUUAAUCGUUUUAGGCGAAUUGACGAAUUCCACGGUCUGAUUAGAUCUAGCCACGAUCUUUGCCCACGAUAAUUGAUAAUACGUGUUAGUGAAAUUAAUCGAGAAAUAAAGACUACUAGGAUUCAUUGCGAAACGAUUCGAUGGUGCUCCACGAAACAGUGCUCGGUGGAAAUAUCGAAGAGGACUCGUUCAACGACGAGCUUCAAUCGCAGAUUAUCGUGGGCGGUAAUUACACAUAGUCAUUAAGAUAUUAGACUUAAGGUAACGUAUUAUGCUCAGAAUUCACUGCCUGCUCGGUGACCGUGACAACGUAACAGCUUUCACCCACCCCCAUCGAAUCCUAUCGAUUUAUCCCUCUCCGUCGGCGUCGUGCAAGAAAUUCUUAGUAGGUUUACGGAUCGUCGAUAAAGACCUGUUGUUUACUUGUACUCGAACUACCCAUCGCUACUAAGUUUGAAUGGCAUUCGAGCAGGCACGCGAGAUUUUAAAUAAGACUCUAGUCCUGUAAAUACGUAGCUAGACGAAACGUCGAACGAGGAAACGAUCGUCAGAACCGUUUACCUGAGAUUGACUUUUGGUACUGAAGUAAAACGUUUGCGGUUCGUGAUCGAUCCUAUCGUUGCUUUUUUUUCAUAUUAAUCAAGGAGAAAGAAAAUGGCUACGAAAGGCUAACUAUUUCGAUAAAAUGUUAAUUAAAUGUAUUCAACGAUUAUUAACUCAGUAUCCUUUGUUGCAUGAAGAACUAACGAAGUUGCGUUCUGUCUAAUCACAAUUAGGAAUAUACUUCCGUCGUUCGAAUCCGUUGUGUCGAAGAAUCAAAAUUUUUGAUUUUUAUAACGAACGAAAAUAUGGUAAUUAAUGAUUAAUGUGGACAUUGUUUUCGAAAGUAGGAGACGCCUUGCAAUUCAAAAAGGAUAUCUAUAUCUAACAAUCUAUCUUCUCGUCAACUAUACACGAUAACAUAACUUUAUUUACAUUUCUAUCAUUUUUGCGAUUCGGAGACAUUUUUCAAUAAUACCGGUGGUUGGAAAAAUUAGCGAUAAUAUUUCAUCGAUUACAGUUAGAUACAAUGUUUACAUUAGACUAUUUUUAAUUAAAUUUUACCAAAAUUCCCAAAAUAUUUUUCGAGAGAAACAGUUUUUAACCGACUUCGAAAAGGAGGAGGUUACUCAAUUCGACAUGUAUACUUUUUUUACAAAUAUUAUUUUGUUAAAAAAUUAUAAUUGAUAAAUAACCACUUUUCUUCAACGUAUCUAAAGGAUCUUACGUACUACUAGGUACAUCACUUGCGAUACAUAGCGUAUGAACAAAUUUUACUUACUUACCAAUACGAACGUUUUGCGAAUAAUUUAUUUCACAAGUUUCUUUUGUCUAUAUUCAAUCAUUAUUAAAAUCGUUUAUUGGGUGAAUUUUUAAUUAAUUAAAGUAAACGUAUCAGUUUAUAAUCUUCAUCUUCAAACCGCGCAGUAAGAAUUUACUUUUUCACAAAGGCGCCUUCUAGACAGUUUUGAAAGCCAUUGCUCCAAACAAAUACUUAAGUGUCGAAAAUGAUUUAACACGUCAAACCCGUUUAACUUUCCAUUUAGGCGAUGCCGAACUCUGUGGACCGAUAUUAUCAUUUAAAGACAUUAUAUUUAUAAUUUUAGUUUACUUUGUAUUUUAACGUUCAUUAGAGUUUUGCGAUUUUUGCGUGCCUCUUCUUAACGAUAUAUAUAUCAGUAACGCGUUAUUUCUCCAUUCGUGGUCUAGAUACCUACAUGACCAAGCUCCUCUUUGCCACUUAAAUGGAAAGUAUAACAAAUUCUGUACCGCGUGCGACGUGUUAAAGAUUCGAUUCGAUCUGUCUCGGUAACAACUGUGUUUGAGGUAGUUGUUUCGAGACAGUCACGUUCAAAAAUAUAAUUGGAAACUUUCGUAGAAGUAUAGUCCUACUGCUCUUCCACAUGUCCAGAAUAAGUCAAUAUAUAUGCCUAGACAUACAUUCGUAAUACUCGAGAAAUGAUUGCGAUAAUAACGCUGACUGUUACCGCGCAACUUCUCUACGUUCUGUUUCAGAUUUUAAUGAAUUAUACUUCACUAACGGCGCGGUCAAUACUUGUUAUCUUUUGUUUUUAAUGGUUUAUAAUAUCGAUUUUUAUAACAUAUCAUAUUUUCAGCAAGUUCCUACAUUGCAUUUUGAUUUAAAUUGAAAACAUUCACAUGAAAAUCUGUAUGUUCCAUAAGACGCUGUGGUAAAAUUACAAAAUUUUGGUAUCGUUUUUCAUAAUAAAACUGGGAUGAUGGUCAAUUUAAUUCGAAGUGGGCUCAUAUGAUUUAUAUUUAAUCGAAGAACAAUCAAGCGAAGUUUUGUGAAAAUCCUCCGUUAAAUACAUCCACGGAACAACUAAUUUAAUGAAACUUCAUACUUGUGCGUAAUUUCACCGAACAGCUGGAACGCAAUUCGCCAAAUCGUACGAGGCAAACACGUAACUGCAUUUAAUCUCCCAUAUAAACGCGUGCGUCGAACCAUUACGGUCACGCGAACCGUGUAAAAUCGAAUCCCUUACCGCAAACGUGUUGCUGCAGAGAACGCUGAAUUCUGAUAUAUCCGACAAUAUAUUUACAUUAAUCGUAACGGUCUAGUAUACAUACUCGUGUGUAGCACACUCUGCGGCGAUUUUAUUCACGCACCCGUAGAAAUCAUGCUGUAAGAAAGAACGAAUAUGCAACGCAACCGGAAGAAAAACACGAUUCAACGUUCGGAAGCGUUCGGUCGAGGGAAUGAUAUCAGAAAUCGACCUAAAUGCUCUAUGGUUUACGUUAUAUUCGCGAUGAACGCGAAGGAAUACGAGGCUCGUCGUCCAGCGAGCAGUAUGCGCGAGAAACCGUGUGCCAAAAGACGCCUCGAUUAUUUCUUUAGACGUUCGUCACACAGUUAUGUGCUUGACAUAACAAGGAAUAAGAAACUCGUUUAAUCGGCACUCUCCAAUUUUUGUAGAACUUGGCACAUGCAGUACUAUCGACCUUAUUAACACUUAAGGGUACAUUUCACUGUGAACGCACAAAAAAAAACAUAUUUUCAAUCAUUUUUUUUCUCAGGAACUAUUGCAUAAAAUCGAAUGAAUGUUUUUCCCCCUUAAAGGUAUGAUUAAGGAAAGUAAAUAAACAAAUUUGUUUUUGGUAAAAAAUAUUUCGUCAUUUAUUUACAAAAUAAUAUAUGUGUGUGUGCAAAAAAAAAGUUAUCCACUGGCGCAGGUGAUUUUGGCUCUCUUGGUAAUCUGAAACAGAAAAUCGAAAAAGUUCAUUAAACUAUGUCGUCAAACCUAUGGUCGGAACUUCCACUUAUUUAUUUCAUCGGAAAUAAACAAAGUGGCAGCGUUUCUUGUGAAAGAGAGGAAAAAAAACACCUUUCUUGUACCGUAAAUCAGGUGCAAUUGUAAGUAAUACCAAAAUAUCAACUACUUUGAGGUUCCGACGGUAGGUGUGACGACAUACAGUGGGUGUAGAAAGUAUUCGUACACCGAUCAAUUUCCAAAAAAAAAACUGUGUAAAAUUGUAAUUUAUUAACUUAUUUUUUAUAAACAAUGUCAUUCUACAUAUUCUCGGAAAUCUCUACAAUAGAUAGAUUACAAAAAACAAGAAUGGCUAUUUAUGUAAGGUGCGAAAUUAACAAGAAAAAAAUAAUUCAUCGAUGGAAAUGUUGAAGCAAUAAGUAUUCGGACAACUGUUUAAAAGUACUUUAUUGGACAUUUGAUGUUUUCUAAUUCGUAUGGAGCAAUAAACUAAUGUGUUUACUUUACAAACUUUACUGUAAAUGGUUCGUCAUAAGAAUCGUACAAAUCGUACUUAUUGCUUCUAUAUUUUUACCCACUUUUCGCAUCUUUUUGUUAAUUUCACAAAUUAUAUUAACUAGUAAAUGUUGUUUGGACUAUACCUACCUUAGAGACUUCCGAGAAUAUAUAAAAUAUCAUUGAUUACAAAAAAAGAAGUUAAGAAACUACAAUUUCACAGAAAAGUUUUUUGGGAAAUUUAUCGGUGUACGAAUACAUUCUACAUCCACUGUAGUUUAAUAAACUUUUUCGAUUUUCUGUUUCAGAUUACCAGGAGAGCCAAAAUCACCUGCGCCAGCGGAUAACUUUUUUUUUUGCACACGUGCAUAUUAUUUUGUAAAUAAUGACGAAAUAUUUUUUACCAAAAAAAAUUUUUUAUUUACUUUACUUAAUCACCUUUAAGGAGAAAAAACAUUCAUUCAAUUUUAUGCAAUAGUUCCUGAGAAAAAAAUGAUUGGAAAUAUGCUUUUUUUUUGUGCGUUCACAGUGAAAUGUCCCCUUAACGGACGGGUCGAAUCUGCUCUGUCUUUCUCGGUUUUCGAGCACUUUGUAGGAGAAUAAAUAAACAUUCAUGUAUGGUACGUAAAUUUACGUGACCUGUUCGUUAAGUGUUAAGAGGGCAUAUCACAGUAACAGCUUGAAAAUAGACACGCUUUUAAGAAUUUUUUUCGAAUAAGUAAUGCAAGUAAAGUCAACUAGAGUUACUUGCAGCACUUUUUCACUUUAAAGUUGUACUGUAUGAAAUUUGAGAUAUUUGAGUGAGAAAUGAAUACAUGGAUAUUUUAGUCUUAAAUUUAUGAAUAGAAAUACUCAAGAAUGACAAAUUUAUUUGUUACUGUUUUGUUCUGGGGAGAAUUUUAAAAGAUCCUUUUGCAGAGUGUUUUUGAAUAAAGUAAAGAUUCUAAUAAUACAAUUUUGUUUCAAUCGUUUUUUAAACAGAUUAAAUCAGAACACCCCCUUAACGUAUUGAACACGAAUUUUUUGUAUUGGACAUGUAGGUUCAAAGGUUGAAACUACUUUCAAAAUUAUUCAUAAAGCCUCCAUUAUACAUUAUCUCUCAAUUUACAUGAAAAAUAAAUUCUACGAAAUACCGUGUAAAUCGAAACAACGCGUAUUAUUUACACAGUUAUUUAAUUCAAUUUAUUUAUUUCAGUAUAAAAUAAAAAUAAAACACAAAUGAAAAAUAAGAAAGACACCAAUCCAUUCGUGGAAUAAAAAAUACAUAAAGCUAUAUUUGAAAGGGUUUUCCAAAACAAGCUUUAGAAUUUUGUUCUUCGAUAAAACACAAAUGAUGUCGCAAAUCAAAGAUCUUCGUGGUAGGUAUUGAAAGAUUCCAACAAAUAGAAUUCGAACAAUCCUAACUAAUCCUUACUAAUAAUUUUAUAUCUGCACGAAAAAACUCCUAACUAAACUCGCUCAGAAUUAACUAAAUGUAACGCAUACAUUUUGCAUACAUUUUUUUAUACUUCGCGAAUUAUUUUCACCUUUCCGAUAUGAACAUCAGCAGAUCAAACAAAUAUUGAGUAUUCAUGUUCCAAGUAUCGUUCAACUCGGAGAUUGUCGAUUGAACGACGUUUCUUGUAAGAGGGGAGAGAACGUCUUACUGUUAAUUAUUUAAGAGUGAUUCCUCGUCGAAAAUGCCACACAUCGGAAGCUCAAAAAUAACGUUGUUAUUUUUAAGGAUAGGCGGUAACGAAAUGAAGAAAAUCACCUUAUUCCUGUGAAACCGUCUAAACGUCCUCGUAUCGGUUACAAACGGACCGAAUUAAUAAGGAUCGCAGACGUAACGAUUUUUAAUUUACGAGUUACAACGAACAGAGACACUAGCGCUGCCAGAUGAAAAAUGAGUUCCUCGAACGCCGGUGCUGCGCGAGGAAGAUGCGCAGAAAACUACAGCGUAUCGCAUUCGCUGGUGACGCUACUGCCUCUCAAAAAAUCUCGAAUCCCAUGGAAAUGAACGACACGGGCUUCAUAGACACAGAUUGCGUCGACUAGAAUUCACCAACACUAAUUUUCACCGAUAUUGACUGUGGUAUAGCAUCUGAUCAAAUUUUACCCGGACUGGUCCAUUAUAAAUCGUUCGCGUAAACUGAAUCCGUAAAAUAUCUUUUUUCUAGUUUGGUAUAACCUUCUUUGACAUUCGUGUGAAGAGCGCGCGGGAUACGUCCAUUUUUGUGAGUUUGGCAGUCAUUUGUGUACGACGCGAAAAGUUUGUCUGGGGAUUUUUGCUAUGGAAAAAAGAAAUGAAACAACGAGUUUGCUUGAAAUGUUGUGUUUCCAAUGGAAUUACGGCUACGCAGUCUUUGAAAAUGUUACAGAAGUGUUAUGGGGGGAGUCUACCCUAUCGAGAACUCAAGUAUUUCAAUGGCAUAAAGCAUUCAGUGAGGGUCAUGAAGUCGUAGAAAACUUGCCUAAUGCGACUCGUUCAUCCACGUCUGUUAAUGACGAUAAUAUUGAAAAAGUGAAGGAAAUCGUACUUGGAAAUCGUCGAGUUGGCAUUAGAGAAAUAGCAGAGGCUCUCAACAUUUCUUAUGCAUCGACUCAACUCAUUGUGGUUGAUGUUUUGGGUAUGAAGCGCGUUGCCGCCAGACUCGUACCGAAAGAUCUGAAUUUUCUAGCAUUCUAGCCUGAUUGUGACUAAAUUUUUAGCCAAACACGAAACAAAAGUCAUUGCUCAGCCACCGUAGUUGCCAGAUUUAGCUCCCUGUGACUUUUUUCUGUUUUCGAAACUCAAAUAUCCGCUUCGGGGAACACGGCAUGAGUCGAUUGAGGCCAUAAAAAGAAAUUCGCUGAAGGAAUUAAAGGCCAUCCCGGUCGGGGCCUAUAAGAAGUGUAUGGAAAAUUGGAUUAACCGUUGGCAUGCUUGUAUUGACUCAAAAGGAGCCUAUUUUGAAGGCGAUAAUAAAGAUUUGUAUUAAAAUAUUGGGUUGUCUGGAAAGUCCAUGCCGAUUUUUAGUAGACGGUGCAGGUCUGAAUAUAUCGGAAUGGUUGAAAACAAAUAACAUGUGGACAUCCCUUAAAAGGUGGAAAAAUUGUGGAACAAAAUAGUACAUAUAUAAUUCAAUAAAUAUAUAUCGAAAUUCAAACGUGUCUUUGAAUGUUUCUUAAAAAUUUGCACGAACUUUCUGGACAACCCAAUACAUAAAAAUGUUGUUUUUUUUAACUAGUCCGCGUCAAAUUCGAUCAGAUGGUACAUCCUCUACGUGAACAAUGACAUACAUUAUAGUCGAUAGACCUGUAAAUUAAACGCUCUUCAUAAUUAAACGCAGUGCAUGUAUAUCACGGUCAAUAUCAGUGUCAGUGAAUUCUGCGUCGAUCAUUUCCACGGUACCCAAGAAUGUCACGAACUUAAACGUAUGUACAAAUUACAGUGCGAGAAACUAUUACGUCUGUGGUCCCUAUACAGACGCGAAGCGAACACUAUUUCUUCUAUUACCCAAGUAAAACGAACAUCCUCGACGCAUCGUACGCUCAAGCGCUCGAAAAAGCCUACCGAAUCGAUCCAUUCCUUUGAUCAGGAGUCGAUAAAGGAUGGCGUACAUUUCGUGGAUCGAAAUCGCGACGGUGUAACGUCUCUGUCGAAUGGAUUUCCUUUCGCAUGGUGCACGAAUACCGAUUGCGUUUCUCCUUCUUUCGUUUCUAGAAAAUGACUAAUUGUGAUAGAACACGUAGGAACGUAAGGCGAGUUAUAGGAAUUAACGAUUUAAGCGACUAAACUAUCACUUAAGGAUGCGAGCACGAGAAUACACUUAUAUCGGCCAAACCCGUGGCGAUCCAACGGAUAAUCGACGUAAGGUAUUAGGUUGUCCCGAAAGUUUCUUUCGCGAGUUGCACUCAAUUAUUUUCUGUGGCAGUGUUUAUAUAAAUAGACAAUCUAAUUUCUUAGACAUUGAUACUGUAACAGUAAUGGAGCGGAAUGAAUUGUACACAAUUUUGUAAUGUAACAUAAGACAUAAAAUAUUGUGUAUGAAUCAAUUAUUAAUAAAACGAAAGAAACUUAUGGAACAACCUAAUAGAGGCACGGAAGAUAACAUUGUGUCGCAGUCGACAGUCUUCUGCGCACAUACCUUGCGCACAAGCGCCAUUCGGACGAUUCGCUUCUCCGCUGGUGCCGCUAGCUCUUCAAUGCUCGAUACGAACACGCAUUUCGAGAUUCUCGUAGCUCCGAUUAUUAGGCCGAAAGAGAUUCACCGAUUCGAGCAAUCGCAUUCAUCGUUUAACUAAUAACACGCAUUUCAUCUGAACAUCGGUUUUAUAGCUGACGAUGAAAAAGGCUCAUUAAAUGACAGAGUGGAGCUACGUAUACAUACAAUAUAUGUAUUCAUAUAAAUAUAAAUAUAAAUAUAUAUAUAUAUAUAUAUAUGCUAGUUGUAUUAUCAUACUUUAUACAUAUAUAACGCAAGUGGAAAUCGUCCCUGUUUUUCGCGUGCGUCAUGUGAGAUAUAUAUAUAUACAUAUGUGUAUGAAUGUAUGUGUGUGUGUGUAUGUACUUCUUCGUCUCUCUACACAUUUGUUUUGUUAAGCGCAGCGGUAAAAUUUCAUUCUUAAAUACAGACAAAUAAAAUUAGCAAAACGAUUUAAAAA